UGAAAACACUGUGUGUGAAUUUUCUCGCGCGAACGAUUUUCACUUGUUUGUUGCGAAAUCAGCCGUACUGUUGCCGCCGAUCUCAAACUUAGUUUGCUAUGCCAACGUUUUUAUCUAAAAUUGUUUGUUAUUAGGGAGAAAACAGCUAUUGAAAUGCCAAGCAAAUCGGCUUCAGACAAAGAAAUUUGGCGAUGGACAGAAACAACCUCUCCAGACGAAGUGACGGAGGAGCAUGUUCGGGUCGCUUAUCGUGUGAAUCUCCCAAUUUGUUCAACGUCGUGCAGACGAAACUGCAAAGGCAAUCCCAACUGCCUGGUGAAUCUGGGCGAGAAGGAAUGGCUAAAGGAGAUCAGAGAUGAGCACUGGUAUCAGAUGGAUGACCCCGAAGAAGAAAAGAGAACAAAGGAGGACUUAGUCGGAUUGAAAAAUCUUGGUGCAACGUGUUAUGUCAACACUUUCUUACAGGUUUGGUUUCACAACCGUCAAUUUCGAGAAGCCAUUUACAAGUGGAGGCCGUUGGAUAAAGAAUGGGGAAAAGAUCAACCGCUUGAAGAUGGAGUGUUGGCUGCCAUUCCCGACGAAUCUCUACAACCAACUUCAAUAUGUGGUCACUUACAACUCCUCUUUGCAUUGUUACAGUUCAGCAAGAGAAGGUACAUUGAUCCUUCAAAUUUCAUCAAUUGCCUGGGACUGGAUGCAGCUCUACAGCAGGACGCUCAAGAGUUCAGCAAGCUUCUGAUCUCCUUGCUGGAGGGCACACUGAAAGAACAACCUAAUGCUCGGGUACGGAACGUCAUCGAGCAGCAAUUCAGCGGACAAUAUUCAUAUGUUACAAGGUGCAAUCACUGUGGCAACUGUUCUGAGAGGCCGUCUAGGUUCUACGAGCUCGACCUCAACAUCAAAGGUCACAAACAGCUGGAAGACAGUCUGAGUGAGUUUCUGAAGGAGGAGAAGCUAGAGGGCGCUAAUCAGUAUCUUUGUGAGAAGUGUAACUGUAAGAGGAAUGCAACAAGAUGCAUUAAGCUUCAGACUCUGCCACCGGUACUCAAUAUCCAACUCUUAAGAUUUGUGUUUGACAGACAUAGUGGAACGAAGAAGAAGCUGAACAACUUUCUACAGUUCCCUGAGGAGAUUGACAUGUCCAAACACCUUGCCAGGAGAGACAACAGUGCUAUGUACGAUCUAGAGGCUGUACUGAUACACAGGGGGCCUACUGCUUACUCUGGUCAUUACGUGGCCCACAUCCGUAGCCAUGGUGACGGAGGGGUGUGGUUCAAGUUCAACGAUGAGGAGAUUCAGAAGAUGGAGGGAAAGAAUCUAAAGCUAGGCUGUGAGGAUGAACUCUCCGCAGGAAAGGAAGGCAAGAGACCCAAAGUACCAAAGGGAAACCAUGCAUCCAAGAAUGCUUACAUGUUGGUCUACAAAAGAAGGUCCACAGACCAGAGAGGAACAGAGAGUCAUGUGGAUAAUUCAACAACCACCAGCAACGUUGAGAGCCUACCAGACUAUUUGCAGGAGCUGAUCGGGCGUGAUAAUGAGAAGUUUGAGGACUGGUUGAGGGAGAUGGUGGCAAUGAGAACCAGGAAUGUGGAGUCUGGAAGAAGGAUGCAGCAGGAAAUACAAACCAUCUACAAGCAGAUCCAUCCUGAAGAUGAUGGCAGAUGUGAUUGGAUAGCAACGGAAUGGCUGAAGAAAUGGUUACACGAGGAUGAAACUACGGGGUCAAAGGUUGGCCCGAUCAACAACUACAAGUUUGAAUGCAAACACAAGAAUCUUGAUCCACACAAAGUAAAGGAACUCAAGAGGAUAAGUUCAAAAGCAGCUGACCUGAUGUUUGCAAAGUAUGGUAGUGAUGGGCUACAACUCAGAAUGACCCAGUCUAAGAUGUGUCUAGCAUGUGUCAAGCAGAAAUGCCAGGUUAUGAGGAUCCAAGCCCAGCUGGUCGCCGAUCAGAAGUUUGUCACAGACAACACCAAAGCAAAAUGUCAAAGUGAGGAUGGGUUCUGGGUGGGUAAGGACUCUCUAAAGCAGUGGAAGAGAAUGGCAGUAGAGAAGGUAGAAUCUCAGUUUGAUGGAGAAGGAGGAGGAGGAGCGACAGAAGGAGAAGAGGAUAUGGAGAUCGAUGAUGAAGACCAGGCAUUGCCUAAUGGCAAAUCGUCUGCAGAUGGAGCCACUGAGGGAGGAGAGAAUGGAGCCCCUCCAAAAGAAAACGGAGAGCGUAAAGAUGAGCAGGAUGAAGAGGAAGAGGAAGAGGAUGAAGAACCACUGGUAUUCAACGAAGACCUUCUUUGCCCCCAUGGGAACCUGAGCACAGACAUGAGUCAGAGGAGACUGGUCUUUGCACCAGUGUGGGAGGUCCUCCGCAAAUACUUCCCGGAAUCCUCAGAGUUUAAAGCCGACAGCCAGCACUGCCUGCAGUGUCAUCUUGCAGAUGCGGAGGACGCAGAGCAAGCACAGCAGAGAUGUGAUCUUGCCACAGAACAGAAGAAAUCCCUCUCACAGCUCUUUCAUGGAAGGAGUAGACCUGCAUGGAAGAAGGGAGAAUCCAUGGAAGUGUACGUUGCCCCACUUCCCUUUGUGGAGGCGUGGCGGAGCUUUCUACGGCACCCGGUCAAAGCAGAUCUCCCGACCGACAUCGUAAACAGUUCGUUCAUCUGCGCUCACAAUGGUCUGAUCUUAGAUCCAAGCACCAUCUCACCCAUUGAUGAAACAUCAGGAGUUGCGUUAGUAUGGCCCUACGAAUGGGAGAUACUGAAAGCAAACUUCAUCGUAGAUCAACCCAUUAGGAUAUGGAAGGUGAUUGCGGACGAGCCUUGCUUCAUUACAGAACCAGAUCUUUGCCAGACGUGCUCCCAGGAGAGACAGCUAGCCGAGCACCAGGCAAGGUUCACUUACUCCGGGGUCAAGCUCUACAUCCGCAAGUACAUGCCAGAGGUCGGCGAGAACGCCAAAGCUGCAAUCAACUUCCUCAUGGAGGCUACGUCUCCAGGUGGAUCCAGCGAUCAGGAGAACAAGGAUCCUGAUUUCCAGCAGAAUGAUCCCAAGCGAAUGAAGUUGGAACUAGACAACAGCUCGAGCUCUAGGAGGAGUUCACGACACAGACGAGUAAGAGGGGAGAAAGAAGUCAUGGUCUCGUCAACAAACACACUCAAAGAACUCAAGAUAAAGGUCAUGCAUGCAUUCAGCGUAGCACCCUUUGAUCAGACCCUGCUGUUCAGGGGGAAACCCCUCCAGGAUAAUGAAGCAACUCUAAGUCAUCUGGGGGUCAUGCCCGAGGCCUUAAUCACGCUGAUCGUAGACAGCCCCAUAUGUGAGGACCCCCUUGCCAUGGAUGAGAUUGCCAGAGCAUCGUCAGUACCAGAGGCAGGUUUCAAAGGAACUGGCCUGCAAAGCAGUUGACCCCCAACCUUUGACCUUUGACCUCAGUGACUGAAAAUGCAGCAAGUGGCCGGGUAGGGGUGUUUCAGGGAUGUACAGUGCACAUCAGAGAGAGAAAGAUAUAUGCUAGACAUUGUGUGAUUACAAAUUGUAUUUGUGAAAGAAAAUGUGGAAAGAUAUUAAAGAUGACCAUGGUAAAACAUGACAUAUAGAAGGAUAUAUGCUAGGUAUUGUGUGUUUACAAAUUAUAUUUGUGAAGAAGAUGGGGGAAAAUGAUUAAUGCAGGUACGCGGUAGACUAAAGGCUCACUCAGACACGACAAAACUGGCAGUUUUUCAAGAUGACAUUAAAUGUACUGCUCAUUACAUUUCUGUACCAUAUAAAAAAAGCUUAGUGAAUGCAGGCAUGUCCUUAGCAGCGCACAGUAACUAUUCAUUUACACUUAAAAAAGAAGAAAAAAUGUGGCACCUUUUUGCGACCGUUACAAGUUUGCCACACAAUAUCUGAACGAGCCUUAAAGGAUAUAAGUGAAAUAGUGCUGUAAAAAAGAGUCUGGAGAUUGCAUUUUUAGGGAGACUACAUGUAGGUAAAAUAUUGAAGAUGUCUGUACUUAUACAAGGAGAAAUAUAUAUACUAGAUAGUCUGAUUUUUAAGAUUUUAUUUUAAUUCAGACAGGCAAAUAUAUAUGAAAAUAUCUGUGGCAGUACGUGAAACAGAGAAAAUAGUCUAUAUGUGCUAGAUAUUGGAUGUUUAAAAAUUGUAUAUUUUAAAAAGACGGAAGUUGAAGGUACAUAUAUUUGUGGCAGUACAGUGGCAGUACCAUGCAGAGAGUAGAGUCUACUCCAUGUAUUGUGUGCCUGAUAGAUAAGUUCCCUCAGUGCUCUUGCUGUUAUAUAGCAUUGUGAUGACAAUCCAAAAUAGUUGGCCAAAAAGCCCAAAGUUAUUGUUGCCAUGGCACCUCCCCGGAGCAGGUCUUAUGACAAUCAGAGCACUGUCUUUUAUAGUGUAAUUUGUACUCAUGAAAUGGUUGGCAGAUCAUAUGGAGAGUUUGGUUUCCUUGCCUAAAAUUAUCUGCAUUUUUUGUAGCAUACACGUUUAACUGUUAUGCCAAAUCAAUUUAUGUAGUCUCUACAGUAAAACCGAAAAUGUGUGCAGAUUGUUAACAAUUUUUGUAUCAAGAAUCUUAUCGUGAAUUUGUAAACUUUGUGAACUUUUACAGUUUUACAUUUAACACCUGUAAUAUGCUGUGAGAAUCAUGUAUCCUUCAAACCAGUUCGUUUGUGAUGGAUGUCACUGUUGUUGUUUUUCAUAGUGGGUCAUAUAUCUUUUGUACUUUUCUCUGAGCUGAAAACAGGACCCUGUUUCAUAAAAACUUGUUAUCAAUAACAAAUGCUAAAUUUCAAUAUCAAAUUUGCUCUCAGCCAAUCAAAUGCAACGAUUUCGGUAGCUUAUAACAGUUAUUGUAACUUGUUGUUGAUAACAAGUUUUGUGAAACAGGACCCAAAUGGGCUUGUACACACUGUGACUGAAAAUACACUGAUCUCAUACGUAGAAUGG